UCACAUCGUCUCUUAAAAAGCAAACCCCCUCUUAUUGUGGCUCUCUCUCUGCGUUGCGCUUCUCACACAAUCUCAUCUUCUUCUUCUCACAGAUUUGUCCUCUUCUCGAUCCCCAACUGGAAACCAUGAGUGAUCAGGGAGAAAAGACUUGCCCUCUUUGCGCGGAGGAGAUGGAUUUGACAGAUCAGCAAUUGAAACCAUGCAAAUGCGGUUAUGAGAUAUGUGUUUGGUGUUGGCACCACAUAAUGGACAUGGCUGAGAAGGAUGACACUGAGGGGCGGUGUCCUGCAUGCCGUACCCCUUAUGAUAAGGAAAAGAUUGUAGGGGAUGCCAAGUGUGAGAGAUUGGUUGCUGAGAUCCAUACUGAGAGGAAGAAGUCUCAGAAGACUAAAGUUAAGCCAACCACUGAAGGAAGAAAGCAGCUUAGCAGUGUGCGAGUGAUUCAACGGAACCUUGUUUACAUAGUUGGAUUGCCUCUUAAUCUAGCAGAUGAAGAUCAGCUUCUGCAGCGUAAAGAAUAUUUUGCUCAGUAUGGGAAGGUUUUAAAGGUUUCUAUGUCUCGGACAGCAGCUGGUGUCAUUCAACAAUUUCCAAAUAAUACUUGUAGUGUAUAUAUUACGUACUCAAAAGAGGAGGAAGCGGUUCGCUGUAUUCAAAAUGUACAUGGGUUUCUACUGGACGGCAGAUCUUUGAGGGCUUGCUUUGGUACCACAAAGUAUUGUCAUGCAUGGCUAAGAAAUGUGCCUUGCACCAAUCCUGAUUGUUUGUAUCUGCACGAGGUUGGAUGUCAUGAGGAUAGUUUCACUAAAGAUGAAAUAAUUUCGGCAUACACUAGGAGUAGAGUACAACAAAUUACCGGUACUCUAUACCCUAUGCAGCGGCGGUCAGGGAGUGUGUUGCCUCCACCACUAGAUGAUUAUUGUAAUAGCAGUUCUGCUUCUUGUGGAGGGCCAGUUAAUAAAACUGGUUCAAAUAAUACUGGAAUCCUCGUUAAAGAUUCUCCUCCAAAUGGAAGCUCUGUUAGAUCUAUUGCUCUUCCAGCUGCAGCCUCAUGGGGUACACGUGGUUCAAAUUCUCAGCCACCAGCUACACCAAUAUAUUCGAAUGGAGAUACUAAACAGAAACCUGAUACAGUCAGUUGCACAGUGCCAUUUUCUUCUGCUGCUGUUUCUACUGGCCAGGCUUCUAUAGUGCAUAGUCAAGCAGGAAAGAGGUCAACUUCGAAUGAAGACGGUCAGACUAUUCAAGUUAAAGGUAAACCAGAGUCACCGAAAAUUGCGAGACAACUUAGCGAGGAUAGUCAAAGUAUGAUGUCAGACAAACCUGUUGCACCCGAUGAAGCUCCUGCUUCUCUUAAUAUUAGCAGCCAGUUAUCUUGUCCACCUGCAUCCAAGGACAAUAAUAGAGGCAGUAGUAUGCAGCCAACUAGCACUGCCACCAACCAUGAUCGGCAGCCUUCUAGUUCCUUGCAUGAAAGUGAAAGUAUUGUUUUUAAUGAAGAAGCCACCCAAAGCGUAUGCUCUGAUAUAUCUCAAAUGAGCAUUGAUAGAAAUUCUAUUCCUGAUCAUUCUGGUGUAGUCAGAUCUAAUAUUUCAGCUUCAGAUCAUUCGUAUAUAACAUCGCCUCAGGACCAAGGGUUACAACAGUAUUGUGCUGAACAGCCUAGAGAAUCUCUAUUAACAGCUGAGAGAGCUGUAACAAGGGAACAAUCCAACUGGUUAUCAGAGUCACAAUCAUUACCUAGUAUAUCUUCUGAGGUGGAGGAAGAUGUACUAUCUUUUGAUAAUCAAAGACUGAAGGACCCAGAAGUGAAUCGUGCCUCAUAUUUGCCUGGUUUGCCUAAUGCAGUUCAUGUUCCAAAUCACUCUAGGUCUUCAUUGCUACCUAGUGAGGUUUAUGGUGCAGUUUAUUCAAGUGCUGAUCACCUUUUUGUAGAUAAUAAAUUUAGGGACAGUUCAUUUCUAUCUUCGACCAAUGUUCCUGUACAAUCCAAUGGUUACCAUGAGAAUUUUAUAAGCAGCGCUUCUGGUUUAGAGAGGCCCUUGGAGCAUUCAUUUCUUCAUCGAAAUGAAGGCCUGGGGCAGCAAGGUCGAAGAUUCUUGGGUGAUACAUCUAAUCCAGAUUUCAGUGCCGUAGACAAGGGAGAGAGCAGCAUAAUCUCAAAUAUAUUGUCAAUGGACUUUGACACAUGGGAUGACCCAAUAGCCUCACCUCAGAAUUUCUCCAAGUUCUUGGGUGAAUCUGAUAGAAAACCUGGAGCUCAAAAACUUUCCAGUUCCUGGAAAGUACCAAAUAAUAAUCAGUCAAGAUUCUCUUUUGCAAGACAGGAGGAUUCUAGAAAUCAGGCAUUUGAUCUACAGUCAUCCCAGAAUAUCAUUGGACGGCAAGCACAGAAUCAAGGAUUUCAGCAUGGCUAUUCUGAAAAUCGAGAUAUAUGUUUGGAUAAUUUUGGAAUUGGAAAUGGUUUUCCUUCUAGUACUUUUGAAGAUUCUGAAAAUCAUACCAACAAUCUUUUAGCAUUCUCUUCAAACAAGCUUUCUGCAGGGUCAAGGGCUCAAAUCUCUGCUCCUCCAGGAUUCUCGGUGCCAAGCAGGGCACCACCACCAGGCUUUACUUCUCAUGAGAGAUUGGAGCAUGAUUAUGACUCACUGUCUGGGAAUCUUUUGCACGAUAACUCCUCUCUGCUGAGAAAUGCCUAUCAACCUCAGCCCACGGGGAAUAUUGGUAGCUCUGGAGAUAUUGAGUUUAUGGAUCCUGCUAUAUUGGCAGUUGGAAAAGGGAGACCGCAAGGUGGGCUUAACAACCCCGUAGAAAUGAGAUCAAACUUCCCUUCGCAGUUGAGUGCCUUUGAAAAUGAUUCAAGGCUUCAGCUGUUGAUGCAAAGAUCCUUUUCCCAACAACAAAACCUCAGGUAUCCUGAUUUUGGGGACAGCUAUUCUCAUGUCAAUGAUUCCUAUGGAAUGUCUUCGAGGCUUUUGGAUCAAUCUCAGGCUAGCAAUGUAUCGCCGUUUGCUCAACUGUCUAUUCAACCAAUCAGAAAUAACAGAUCCAUGUCAAAUGGCCAUUGGGAUGGAUGGAAUGAAGUUCAGGGUGGUAACAGUAUGGGUAUGGCAGAGCUCCUGAGAAAUGAGAGAGUAAAUGAGAGACUAGGAUACAAUAAGUUCUAUUCUGGUUAUGAAGAAUCAAAAUUUCGGAUGCCCAAUUCUGGCGAUCUGUAUAACAGAACCUUUGGAAUGUAACAUUGCUAAAACACAGCUUUGAAUGGUUGGUGAAUGGAGAAAUUGUGGGCUGUUUGUUUUAUCGGCCUUGUACUCAGGAAGGGACGACUCAUAACUGGUCUUGCUCUCAGCUGCCUAAUGUAGGGUCAAACUCCUGUAACUAUUGGAGUCUGAAAUCCUGCAGGUGCUGAUGUGCUUGAUAUAAGGUUGCAUUGUAUAUGGGCAAACUGACAGGCUGAUCAUCAAAAUUUGAGAGUAUUCUAAUUGCUUUACGAUCCAUUGCCUCUAGCUCCUGGGAAGGGGACUGCUCCUUGGUGUGUACUGAUACUUUGAUUGUUGCUCAUGCAACAAAAUGAAUGAAGUCUGACCCUUUUGGGGGAGUUUAACUUUUCAACAUGAUGAGUAGGACAUAUUUCAUUGAUUUACAAUAAUGGGAUCUAUAAAACAUUAUACCUGUAUUUGGUUCUGAGUUGGCACAGAGAAUUUGGAAUUAGAAACCGAUUUUCAAUUUGUUGGUUCAGGGGGGCCUGGUGGUUUUGUUAAAGCUUUGGGUUUAUGAGUUAAAUUCAGGGUUUGGUCAGGCCCCGGUCUUUAUCAGCAGGCAGUUGUGGGUGUAAUGUGGUAUUGGUCGUGUAUGUUACAAAGAUAAUGAAGUAUUAUACAUGGA